AUGUCGAAAACAAAGACCAAGCGCGCCCGUCGCGAGCUCAAGCGCGAAGGUGAGAAGAAGAUCUUCGCGUUCCACAAGAAGAACGCGAAAGCAGCGGCCGACUCCAAACCCACGGCAAAAACUCCAGCGAACAAGAAGCAAAAGAUGAGUGCACCAAACGCAGCAGCAGCAUCCACACCUGCAACGACGCCCGCCCACGCGCAACCCCCAAAGAAGAAGCACAAAAUCCCCUUCGGCGAGUACGACCACAUACUCCUCGUCGGCGAAGGCGACUUCAGCUUCACGCGCUCCCUCGCCAUAGAACACGGCUGCGCAAACGUAACGGCAACGAGCUACGACGACGAAGAAGACGUCCACAGCAAAUACCCUUCCUUUAGAGAAAUCCAAACCGAACUCUCCUCCCUCACACCGCCCGUCCCCCUCCACCACGACAUCGACGCUACAAAACUUUCCAGCUACAAACACCUACGGUGUAACCGCGACGACGACGAUGACAACGACGAAGAAGGCUGGGACACAAUCGCCUUCAUGUUCCCGCACACAGGCGGUCUAUCCACCGACGUAAAUCGACAAGUGCGCGCCAACCAAGCCCUCUUGGUAUCCUUCUUCAAAUCCUGCCUUGACACCUCGAAUCCCAAACGGCGGCUACAAAUCCUGCGGAACCAGGACGAUAACAAGAAAGGCAGCUCGCCCCAGCAACCCAUCCGCCCUUUCCUCCGCAUGGGCGGCCGGAUUAUCGUCACGCUGUUCGAAGGCGAACCGUACACGCUGUGGAAUAUCAGGGAUCUGGCGCGCCAUGCGGGGUUGAAGGUGGUGGAGAGCUGGCAGUUUGAUUGGAGCCAGUAUCCGGGGUAUCAUCAUGUGAGGACGCUGGGGGCCAUGGAGACGGGGUGGAAGGGCGAGGAUAGGGCGGCGCGCAUGUUUGUGUUUGAGAAGAUCCCGCUCGUGGCGGAUAGUGAUGAGGAGAAGGAGAUGGCGAGGCAGGCAAAGGUGGGCAGGGGCGGGCGGCUGCCGAGUCAGAAAGAGGCGAUGAAGAGGGCGUUGGAGGAAGAUGAGGAGGAGGAUGAAGACGACGACUGA